AGAAACAAGCAACCUGACUCCUGAAUUUUAACUUUAAAUCCCAAAAAAACCUUCGUAAAAAUGGAAGAAGAAACCGAAAGUCAACGCCCGAAACGCCGUCGCGUCGAUAAAUCCGGAAGACUUGCUGCUUUAGAGAAAAUUCGAAACUUAAAAGGAAAGAAAAACAAAUACGAUGUUGAUGAAAUGGAAAACGUCUACGACGUCGUGGAUGAGAAGGAAUACGCGAGCAAAGUUCAUGAAAGGGCCUCCGAUUGGAUCGAUGAAGAUGAAGUUGGAGGCUACGUCGAAGAUGGGCGCGAAAUUUUCGACGAAUGGGAGGAAGACGAACAACCAAAAGCGAAAAAACGUCAACGAGAAGUCGCAAAAACCGAGAAGGAAGUCUCACAAGCUGCUAAAUUAACGAAAUACUUCAAAAAAGACCUCGUUGAUAUAAAGAAGAAGGAAGCGAAUGUCGAAAGUGACUCUUUAUUGGCAAACAUUCUCGGCGAAUUGGAAGAUCCGAACACGAAAAAUACAAAAACGCAGGUGACUGUAAAGAAAGAAGUCAAGAAAACUGAGACGACAAUCGAAAAACCCGAACCUAAAUUAGAGCCUAAAACCGUAAAAAUUGAGGAAAAAAUCACUUCUGAAGCAGAAAAAGUACCCGAUGCCCUAUUUGAGGAAUGGAAUGAACCCGUAACUGAUACAAAAAUCACAGAAAAAGCCUCAAAACCGACAGUUACAACAAAAACUGAGACAAAAUCUGAACAAAAAAUCGAAAAAAUCUCAUAUCCCGACGCUUUAUUCGAAGAAUGGAACACAACAACCGCCAACAUUGUUCGCGAAGAAGCCUCCGAUGACACCCAAGACAUCGCCAUCACCGUCAACAAAGACGAACCUCUCACAAUGUGGCUCUGGGAGGUCUGGGAAGACACUUAUCGCAAGCCAGGACACGUUUUUCUCUUCGGCAAAACCGAAAUCAACGGAAUUUUCACAUCAACUUGCGUUCAAAUCACCAACGUCGAACGUUGUCUCUACAUCCUUGCCCGCAAAACGCAUGCACAAACCAACGAAAAGGUAACUUUACAAGAUGUGUACGAAGAAUUUUCAUCCGUCGCCAGUUCCAUGGGCAUCGAAGAGUACCGCUGCAAGACAGUUGUCAAAAAUUUCGCUUUCCAAGUCCCCGAAGUUGAUGUUCCGACCACUUGUGAGUAUCUGAUGGUUCGUUAUAGCGGCGAAAAAGCAGUUCCCGACCCACGGGGCAAUUAUAACACGAUCGCUUAUAUAUUUGGCUGUAACACAAGUGCCACGGAAACGUUUUUAAUUGAACGUAGUGUCAAAGGACCAUGUUGGAUAAGCAUUUCUAACUCGAUUUUACCGCCAACGCCGAGUACUUAUUGCAAAUUGCAGGUCAAUUGCGCUUCAACAUCGGAUAUUACCGUUUUAAAGCAUCUCACGAACUCACCUCCGCCAUUGGUGAUGAUGAGUUUGAACUUGCGCAUCGUCCUGCAUGGCUCAAAAUGCGAAAUUGUCGCGAUUUCGUGUCUCGUGAACAAGGGAUAUCACAUUGACAAAGACACCCCCGAGCAAUUAUUCAACGAACAUUAUUGCUUGUUGUCGCAUCCAACGGGAAAGCCAUACCCGUUCGGGUUCAAUAACGCCAUCAAAGACAAUCCGAUAACAAAAAUUCAAGUUUGCGACUCGGAACGGGGGCUUUUAACCUGUUUUCUUGCGAAAAUUCAAUCACUUGAUCCGGAUUUAAUCAUAACUCAAGACGCCUUCGCUCGACAACUGGAUGUGUUGUGUAACAACAUGAACGCUCUGAAAAUUCCCCGGAUGAGUCGCAUUGGGCGCCUUAAAAUGUCAAAUAUGACGGGAUUUCGCAAAAUUGAAGAGUUUUUCGUGGGACGCAUGAUUUGCGAUGUUCGAUCGUCGGCGGAGGAACUUUUGCGACUCCGAAGUUACGACAUGGGGACCAUGUGCAAGGAGAUUUUGAAGAUCCCCGAGGAAAAAAGACGCGAAAUUUACUCCGAUGACAUCACGGAAAUGUAUGAAAAGACCGAAACUUUGCUCGAAUUGGUCCAUUUAACGAUGCAGGAUAACUUAUAUUCACUUCGUAUCAUGUAUGACUUGCAAAUUUUGCCCUUGGCUCUUUCAAUCACCAAUAUUGCGGGUAACUUACUGUCAAAUACGCUUCGUGGAGGCAGGUCUGAACGAAAUGAGUGGCUUUUGUUGCAUGCUUUUGCUGAAAAAGACUAUUUGGUGCCCGACAAAGCAAGGAGAGAAGCGAAAAAGAAGGCAACUGAGCCGACAAAUGGCGAACAAAGCAUCGUAGCGAAGAAAAAAGCUCAAUACGCGGGCGGUUUAGUGCUGGAACCGAUCAAGGGCUUUUACGAAAACUUCGUUUUACUCAUGGAUUUCAACAGUUUGUACCCGUCGAUCAUCCAAGAGUACAAUUUGUGCUUCACAACGGUCAAACUCGACGAAGAUAAUCAAGCAAUCCUCCCGCCAGCCUCCGCUCAAACCGGAAUUUUGCCCAGCAAAAUACGAACUCUCGUCGAAAGUCGUCGCCAGGUCAAACAAAUGCUCCAAAAAUCCGAUUUGAAGAAGAACGAAAAGCUAAAACUCAAUAUUCGGCAAAAAGCGUUGAAGCUAACCGCGAAUUCCAUGUACGGUUGUUUGGGUUUCGGCCAUUCGCGGUUCUAUGCGCAACAUAUUGCCUCACUUAUCACGCAAAAAGGACGCGAUAUUUUGACACAUACGAAGACAAUUGUCGAAAAGUUGCAGUACAAGGUCAUUUAUGGCGACACAGAUUCAAUUAUGGUCCUCACGAAUGCCACGAACUUCGAUGAGGUGCACGAAAAGGGCGUCGCCAUCAAACAAACGGUCAACAAAGCGUAUCGCCAUGUUGAAUUAGACAUCGAUGGGGUCUACAAAUACCUUCUUUUGCUGAAAAAGAAGAAAUAUGCAGCGGUUGCCAUUGCAAAAGAUCCUUCGGGAAAACUUGUUGAGACCACAGAACUCAAAGGAUUGGAUAUCGUACGUCGAGAUUGGUGCAAAUUCGCUCAAAAUGCAGGCGAGAGAAUUCUCACGGAAAUUUUAUCCGACAAGCAGAUGGAUGAUCGAGUCGCAUUUAUUCACGAAUAUCUCGUAAGUGUCAAGGAUAGUAUUCGGGAGAACAAAGUUGAGCUCACAGACUUGCAAAUUACGAAGCAACUGUCGCAUAAUAUCGAGGAUUAUAAGGAUACGGCGCAAAAUUUGCCUCACGUUCAAGUUGCGAGUCGAAUGAACCGAACGAUGAACAGAAAUUUUAAAAAGGGAGAUGUUGUUGGUUAUGUUAUUUGCGAAGAUGGAACCGAUAAUCCGUAUAUUAAGAGAGCUUAUCACUUGGAUGAGAUGAAACUCAAUAAAAAUUUGAAAAUUGAUAUAAAUUAUUAUCUGGCGAAUCAAGUGCAUCCGAUCGUGACACGAAUUAUUGAGCCGUUGCAGGAAACGAAUUCAGCGAGAGUUGCUGAGCAUUUGGGACUGGAUACCCAAAAGUACAUUGAAAGGAUGCGAAUUCUCGGUCAAGGCGUGCAAGAAGACGUAAGCUUAUUCCAUCAAUCCAAAGCCGAGCGUUUCCGUUUCUGCCACAAAUUCAUCUUUUCGUGUCAAGUAUGCAAAAAAUUGAAUCCCGUAAGGAAAGCUUUUCGUGUCGAAAACAAUCGCAAAGUUUCUGUCUUUGAAAAGUGCUUCAAUCCCGAAUGCAAUGCAAAAGCAACGCAAUUCAGUAAUGCGGUUAUAAAUGAAUUGAUUAUGACAAUAAGGGCGGCAAUUAAGCGUUUUUAUGAAAAUUGGUUGCUUUGCGAUGAGCCGCUUUGCUCGAGUAGCACACGAAUUAGCACGCAUUGCGAGGAAGAUGGAAAGCCCGUUUGUCCCAUUUGUAAGAAUGGCAAUUUGGUGCGAAUUUAUUCGGAAAAGGAACUUUUUAAUCAACUGGAUUUUUAUAAAUAUGCUUUGAGUUUGGAGGAUAAGGAAAUUAAUGAAAACCACGUAUCAAUUGAAGCCCAAAAACUGCAUCAGGACCUCCAAAGAAUCAUCGAUAACUUUUUGCAAAUGUCUACUUUCGUUCAUGUUGGUCUCGACGAGUUAUUCCGCAAACACCCGAAGACCACAAAGCAUAUCGAGUCAGGCAACAAAGAAAUCGAUUGGAGACCCUUCAUUAAAUCAAAAACGGAUAAAAUCGUCAAAAAUGGCAUCAAAGUCGAAAAAUAAUUAAAAAAUCAAUAAAAUUGCAGAAAAUAAAUUAAUUAAGAUUUUCAUAUUUUUCUAAAUAAUAAAAUAAAAAAAUUUCUUA